GGGCUGAGAUUUGAACAGUCAGUGCGACUCCGGGCAGUAUCCCGACACUACAGUGCAAACACCAAGGAAAAUACUUUUUAUUAGACUUUGCGUUUAAAAAGGAGGACAUGAGUGGCGUGGAGCUGCGGAAAAUCGGCGUGAACAUGCUGAAGAAUGUCCACAGUGGAGAGUCUGUGGAGCUGCAGUCUCUCUGGCUGGACCGCGCUGUGGUUCUGUUCUUCUUGCGUCGCUUCGGUUGUCAGGUUUGCCGCUGGACUGCCAGCGAGGUCAGCAAGCUGAAGGAGGACCUGGGUGAGAACGGUGUGGCGCUGGUGGGCGUUGGCCCCGAGGAGGAGGGGCUACAGGAGUUCCAGGACGGGGGCUACUUCAAAGGGGAUCUCUACAUCGACGAACACAAGCAGUGCUACAGAGACCUGGGGUUCAGGAGGUACAAUGCUCUGAGUCUCGUCCCGGCCCUCUGCGUCUCUCCCAUUAAUGACUGAUAAUGCCUGUCUCUGCAGGCCAACGCUGAAGGCAUCCAGGGGAACUUCAGUGGGGAUCUCCUGCAGAGUGGAGGGAUGCUGAUCGUCGCCAAGGGAGGAGAGAAGGUGCUGCUUCAUUUUGUCCAGGACUCCCCGGGUGACUAUGUCCCCCUGGAGACCAUCGUCCAGACCUUGGGGAUUCAAGCCAAGGUGCAGCCUGGACAGAGACCCCAGUGCAGUGAUGAUGUCUGUGCAAGGUAGGAAGGACAGCUCAGGAGAGCAGAGGAGAAGCAGCAGCCCAGAUCCCCUUCCUCUCACUGCAGCCUCGCCAGCGGGCUUGCUGCUUCUGGGAAUGGCUUUUUA